AUGCUGUGCCUGCGCGCCCGGUUUGCUCUAAUAACGGCCGUCCAAGCAAUGAGCUCUGUGACAGUGACCACAUCCUCCUCCAGGUGUCCGGGGCUGCAUGCAGCAGUCGGCCCUGACGAAUGCACCAGAAGCCCGCUGCUUCAGCGGCUGCUGGCGCUGCCUGGCUCCGUCCAGAGCCGAGUGAACGACCUGCUGCUGCUGCGGCCUGAACCCGAGAGCUGUCCAGAGGCGAAGGAGAGGAGCAUCAACAGGCAUGUUGUGUUUUUCCACGGGGAUAUUCAGAACUUCCAGGAGGAGAUGGCUCUGCAGCCGGAUGGAGCUCAGUGGAUGUCUUGGAGUCUGGAGCAGGUGGCCUUCAUCCUGGGCCGACGUUUCCCCGACAGAUACAUCUGGGUGGUCAAAGCUUCACACAUGUAUCUGCACAAGUUCUGCUGCUACCGCAACUUUGUGGAGAGCAACAUGUUCGGGGCGCCAGAGUACUCGUCUGACUAUGGAGCAUUUGUCCACCUCAGGGCGCUGCUCAGCCACGGCAUGACGCGUGCCAAUCUACCCAACAACCUCCAGCCACAAGGAGGUGCCGACGGCAUCCCCUCAGGGUUUUCACUGAUUCUGGUGGGCUUCAGCAAAGGCUGCGUCGUGCUGAACCAGAUGGUGCACGAGCUGCGCAGAGCCAGAGCCGACCCACACAUGUCCCCUUUCAUCAAGUGCAUCUCGGCCAUGUACUGGCUGGACGGCGGACACCCGGGGGGCAGCGAGACCUGGGUGACGGACAAGCAGGCGCUGAAGGAGCUCGCCGCCAGCGGAGUGUCAGUCCACGCCCACGUGACUCCUUACGAGGUGUGCGACCCGAUGCGGGCCUGGGUGGGUCGCGAGCACGGACACUUCAUCACGACCCUGGAGGAGUUUGGGGCGUGUCCAAGCAAGAAGCUGCACUUUGAGGAUGAGCCGCCCUCCAUCGAGAACCACUUCAGGGUCAUCCAGGAGUUUUGAAGAUGUGAUCUCAUGGAUACACACAAACGCACAUACACACACACACACACAUACUGAGCUGAAUGUUUGAACAUCGCUGAGCGCUUUUUACAUUCUUAGAACACAGACUGUGUUUUAUUGGCUGAUUUACCUCAAUCUUCUGGCAUUAGAGCAUGUGUGCUGUACUUUAUUUCCAUUUGACGGCUCAAUGCACUUAAUCUGAGGUGGAGUGAUCAGGUCGUCUUCCUCCUUCUUGUCUGUGGCCCGAGUAAGAAUGUGCAAGGGUUAUAUCAUAUCUCGGAACAUUUUAAAAGAGAUGGUUCAGGUUUUUUAAAGUGUGGUUGUAUGUGAUAUUCAGAGGCACAGUCUGAGGAGAUUUUAGCCACUUAACAUAAGACUAAAUCUAAGACAUCUUUAGUCUACAGUAUCUUAAGGAUAUGUUUACUGAUUAAUCUCACUACUGGACAGUUGUUUUCAGCUUAAAGAUUGAAGUUUCUGUUGCUGCGCCAAAGUCCAUAAAGAAAAUCGUCAUUUUAAGCUCA